CGAUGGCGGGGGGCGUGGGAUACCGGGGCGGGCAGGAGAGCGACUGGGUGUCUCGUCUAGGAGAGGACCUCGUGGCCUUCAACAUGGGAGACGAAAAGGAAGGGGGGGAAUGGAAAGACAGCGCCAAGGACCCGGAGGUGUGGUACAACAAGGUCGAGGACGUGGCGGCAUGGCUCAUGAGGAAAUGGCACAGGCAGGAGGCGGAAGCGUCCGCGAAGCGCCAGCGCAUGAGGGCGGCCGAGGCAGCACUUGUGGCGAACUAUGUACCCGGCUGAUGUUGUUGCGCCCUGUAUCCCUCCCUGCUUUAUGCUAUACUCCUGUAUGUCCUUUGUAUUGACUUCGGCCUCUGUGCUGUGCUUCUUUUUUUCCAUGUCCUCCCUGCCUGCUCUGCUGCGUUGGAUACCUUGAUCUCGCUUUUGCUGUUGCUUUUGGUUUUUGUACAUCUGGCUGUCUGCCCAUCUGCCGCCUCUUUGUCCUGCUUGCUCCAUAACUCCCAUGCCCUGGGGGGCUCCGACGUUUUGAAUUGCCACUAUUGGGGGGAUGAGAUGUCCAAAAUGCCAUUAAUGAGGGCGCCGUCCUCAAAAGAGGCCUAGCUGCGGCGUCCACGUCACGCAUCUAUUUCCGCCGCGUUGUAGCGUUGUAGCCGCUUAGUUCCGCCGCACGUCGUUUAAUUCCGCCGCGUUCGUUCAUUACAUCAUCAACUUAGUCAAUCGUCGUGCCGUCGCGCGAUCUUAGACUCUACCACUUCCGAGAGGCUGUCGCUUGGAUACUAUGCGGACGGUAGUGUGUUGAGCAGUCGUUGGUAAUGUGAGGUGUCAUGCUACAGUACGUAUGGCUACAUUGCUUGAGUGGCAAUAAAUUGAAGAAAAGUCUAGACUAGGGCACAUCAAGCACGUGUACACUGUUAUGUACCGAUUCUGGUAAAAGUCAAUCGACGGAUACCCUGCGAGUCGGGUCCUCCUUGACAUUCGAUUGUGGUAUGAGUAUAUUUUGCACGGGUAUGCAAGUCUUUCAGUGUUUCACGUAUAGUUUCGAAGGACUUUGAGAAAAAUGGUUCCGAGGUAGUAGACGGUUGCGGUAUCAGAGCAGAAUUCCUUCGUCACCGUUGAAAUACUGGGCUCCCCGCCUGUGGGGAAAAUAAUAAUCUGCACAGCAAGCAACCCUGUUCUUGCUUUUUUUUUUUGCCUUCCGACAAUUGCAGAUGUACCUCAGAAAACUUUCACUUAAUAUCUAUAUCUCAUACUCUACAUGAAUAUUAAACCAAUACGAAGUACAACAACAUAAUAUGUAGGACUUAUUUCUACUGUCACUGAGAGUCUUUUGCUAGAUUUUGGCAUUUAGCAACUGACAUACGAUUUACUGUGAAGACAACAACAACAACAACAACAAGUCAACAAAACUUUGGUCGAAACACUGUUGUCAUUGGUUAUAUUUCAAAUUGAAGAGGAGAUAUGUUGUCUUCACAGUAAAUCGUAUGUCAGUUGCUAAAUGCCAAAAUCUAGCAAAAGACUCUCAGCCCGUGGUCACGAAAGUGCUAGAGCCAUCUGAGGAUCUAAAGAACACGCACACAUAUAACGAGAAAAAGGUAUCCAAGAGCCCGAAGAGGUACACCUAAAAAUCCCUGCAGCACCGUAUGCGUGCCCAAAAACUGAACUGCACGUCCGUCCCACCGUUCGACUACAGUAGCAUCACCCCCUCCCUGUCCCACUCUAUACCAAAACGGAAGAUUGCCGACUACAGCAUAAUGCUGUCUGAAGUGCUGUCUGUACAAAAACACCAUGGUAGGCAUGGAACAAGCAGCUGGCGGGGCACAAAGCUGCUGUCUGAAGUGCUGUCAGAAUGUGUCUGCGGCCGUACAGUGAAAAAGAACAACCAACCAAAGCCAUCAUAGCAGCAAUUGACAAUCACCCGAAUCUCUCCCGAUCGUCUGUGUUAGGCACUGCAGUGAAAAAUAUCGACACUAGCUAAGAAUCGUUCCACAUUGAAGGGGUCUUCCACGAUCAGGCACAAAACCAAUGCACCCGGGUUAGCUACGCCAUCUCUAACGGGUCUCUCUACAAGACCGGUGACGAUGUCAUCACACAAAACCAACACGGAAAGUCAGAAAAAAAACGAUAAAAAUUGACAACACAAGAUAGAACUGUUUGUCCGUGCGCCACGGGUCCAUGUCGCCCGCAUGCUCCGGUGCCAUUGCUCCAUCCGGCGCCGUUGUAGUCAGCCCGAGCAAAACGCCACUCGACCUGCUCCGUCCGUACACGCUCUCGUUGCUGUCCUUCCCAGUCCGUUCCUCGCUUUCUCCCUCAUUGCACUCAAGGUUCUUGGUCUGAAAAAAAAAAAUUCUCGCGCCGAAGGGGUCAACCAGCCCAGUUCAGCUCGUCGCCACCUGCUCCCUCCUCCUUUGAUGGCGAAGCCAGGUUACUGAGGCAAUACAGCUCCCUCUAGCAAACCUAGGGCCGUGUAGUGCCCGUCCACCUUUCUGAUGGUGUCUGCCUCCGCGCACAAAAAUGAGAUGGGCAUCACUGCCUACGCCGACGGCCAGAAAGGCCCGCGCAUCUACAUUUUCCCGCCUGACCCCAUCAGUGCC